UUUGCCAGGUCUAGUUGGUUCCAUCUAUUAGUCUCUCACUCUCAUGCUUACAGAAGAAGCAUGUAAACCCAGGAUGCUUCUUCCUCUCUUCCUGCCUCUGCAGCUCUCUGUGGUAAGCGACCAUUAUUCAUUCUUCAACCAGAUUUCUAAGUUCGACUUUAUAUGAAUGCCCAUAAUGUCUGCGAACUUCCACAAGAAUCAAGCUUCGAGUAGUAAUAAUUCCAUGAUUUCCAUCACUGUAAGCAGUCGCCAUGUUUGUUAGACUUGCAAGUACUAUACCCAUUACAUAUUUUUUGACUUUUCUGGUUCCCUUUCAUUUUGCUUUGCUUUCUGUUUCAUUAGUUUACGAAUCAUAGAUGAUGGGAGCUCAAUUUAUGAUAAAUGGAGGCAGAAAGAUCAUCUUCCUUUGAGAAAUCUGAAGGAAUUUUGUACCGCCAGGAAACGGAAGCGACAAAUCCCUGGUUAAAAAUCAAGCCCAAGAAGCAAAACUAAUCGAAAUUGAAAGUCUGCAGGGAUCAUGGAGAAUUUUCACAAUGAAAAGGAUGAAUUUUACAAUGAAUCAGUGGUCAUGAAACAUAAGGAAAGAGAGUCUUGUAAGAGAGGUGUUGGUGACAAUGAAUCAGAGGAAGGAGUAUCAACAGGAAGUCGGUGUUGCACUGUUAAUUCAUCGUCAUCUUUCGUGGUUAGCACUCUUGUAGGUGGUGCAAGCUCAUGUGGGAAAGACUGUAGAACAAAUUGCAGGUCUUCAAAUUCGAACCAGACGAGCAAGAAUUCAUCCGGAGACUCGGGAAGUAGGACUAGCAAACAUUCUAAUGUGGAUAAGAUACGGCUGAGGCUCAGUGCGAUCAAACAACUUGAUAUGAGAUUGCAAAUUCUUGAAGAAGAUACCAAGAAUUUCAGAGAAGCGUUUUUAAAGGCUAUAGAUGAAAGAAAUGAAUUGAUGAAUGAGAUUGGGAGGAUAUUUCAAACAAUGCAUCAGUGUCUAAGAAAUAAAAAAACAGAGGGAAAACCUCUGGAGUGUGCUCGGACUCCUCUGAUCCUUGAAGAAGAAGAUACCAAGAAUCUAAAAGAAGCUUUGUCUGGGGCUAUGGAUGAAAGAGAGGAGUUGAUGAAUGAGAUAUGGAAGAUAUUUCAAAUCAUACAUCAAUGUCUAAGAAAUCAAACAGCAGUAGGAAACUCUCUGGAGUGUGAUCUGAUCCUAAGCGGUAAUGAGGAUAAUGCCACAGGAAGCGGUCUGCCACAAGUUCUACAGCAAGGGGCAAGUCCCCUUCUGAUCACUAGAGUACUUAAAAUCAAUGCCUUCACAUUACAGCACCUUUCUGGAGUGACUCAAGGAUGCUCAAAUGGAAGCCAUGGAUUGAAUGCUAUUCCUUGAAUGAAUAUGUCUUGCAAUCUGUUUAACAAGAGUUGAACUCCGUCAUGAUGACAUCGUGGCAAGUUUGGAUGAGUGUUUUCUGGAUAUUCUUUCUUCUCAGUUGUGUUUAGUUUCUGUAACUGUACACAUAGGAGAUACUGCAAUUUGAGCAUUUUUUUCUAUUUGGUAUUAACUGCAGUUUCAGCAAUUGACCCUUGCGCUUUUGGUUCUGUUCUCA